CGUAUUACUGUGUCAGCAUGAUACUGGGAUAUCGUUUGGUAUUCAUAUUAUCUGACUCUCUUUUGCCACAAUCUUUUUCCUCUCUUUGAUUAUAUGAUCCGUCCUCCACAAUCCCUCCUCAGCCGGGCUUGACCUCCUGCACUCAAUUCCAAUUGGACUUACAUUGCCAGUAAACCAUGGCACCUCCUCGUCAACGGGUUGUAACGAACCCUGAUGACUCGAGGUCGGAAGCCUCUAGCGGCACGAGAGAACGGCAUCCAACAGGCACAAAGGGUCGGCGACCAGCCAACACCGCCGCUCCCGGCAGUUCAGUAUCAUCCAGAGAUAUGAAAGUCGCAGCUGCUAUCACUGCAACCAGCGGCCACAAUGCGGGAACUGGUAGCCUGACAGAAUCCACUGGAGUAAAUUGGUCAAGCAUGCCGCUAUCAGUUCUUCACCAGUACCGGCACGCCUACAACCUCCCCUGCCCCAGCGCAUACUCCUCUCAAAUAUCCUCAAUAAUCCUGAACCAAGGAGUUGGUCUCCGAUCUCCGACAACCAUAGCUGCUCGACGAGCGCAGCUUGCCUCCCAGCGAAAAAAAGCCGAACACGGAAACAGUUUCCGGUCUUCCAAAAGGGAUGAUUCUGCAAACAAAUCACUAGACGGGGAUAAUAACAAUGUCGCUUCAGGGAUGGACUUGCAUCGCAUUUCUACUCUUCGCGGGCAGGGAAGGGUAACAAAAGACCAGCUUGCCAACGUUGUGAGGAAGCAUUUCAAUAACGUGGGACUUAUGGAGCAGGAUGCUAUUGCAAAGUUCUUGUAUAAGGUCCGUGAAGAAGGGAAGGGUCGUGAAUUUCGCCUGCGGUUCCAACCAUGA